GUAUUUGGUCACCUACAAGAUUUCUGGCUGUCAAAGAGGUCUAACUUCUAACAAGGUCUAAUGAGGCGCCACUCGUUACCUGUAUUAAUUGCACUUGUUUUAGCUCAUUAUCGGUAUAAAAGACACCUGUCCACAAUCACAGUCACACUCCAAACUCCGCUAUGGCCAAGACCAAAGAGCUGUCGAAGGACACUAGAGACAAUAUUGUAGACCUGCUGGGAAGACUGAAUCUGCAACAGGGGGGUAACAAUGCAGGGCAUACGGUGGUAGUGGAUGGCAAAGAGUAUGACUUCCACCUUCUCCCCAGUGGAAUCAUAAAUCCCAGAAGCAUUUCACUCAUUGGGAACGGUGUGGUCAUCCAUUUACCUGGCCUGUUUGAAGAGGGGGAUAAAAAUGAGAGGAAAGGGUUGAAAGGCUGGGAGAAGAGACUAAUUGUUUCAGAUAGAGCUCACCUUGUGUUUGAUUUUCACCAGGUUGUCGAUGGAUUACAGGAAACCGAAAGGCAGGCACAAGAGGGAAAAAAUAUUGGAACAACCAAGAAGGGAAUUGGACCUGCAUACUCUAGUAAAGCGUCUCGCACGGGUCUUCGUGUAUGUGACCUUCUUGGUGACUUUAAGGACUUCUCCAGCAAAUUCAAGAACCUUGUACGCCAGUAUCAAUCCAUGUAUCCGACCUUGACUGUCGAUGUUGAGGACCAACUGAAAAAGCUCAAGGAGUAUGGUGAAAGGUUGCGGCCUAUGGUCAGAGAUGGAGUCUAUUACAUGUAUGAGGCCCUUCAUGGAUCGUCAAAGAAAAUUCUGGUUGAAGGGGCCAACGCUGCUCUCCUUGAUAUUGAUUUUGGUACAUAUCCCUUUGUGACAUCAUCAAACUGCACUGUGGGCGGGGCAUGUACUGGACUUGGCAUCCCCCCGCUCAAUAUUGGUGAUGUGUUUGGUGUAGCAAAGGCCUACACUACUCGCGUGGGAAUUGGAGCCUUCCCCACUGAACAACUCAAUGCAGUCGGAGAACUGCUGCAGACAAGGGGUCAUGAGGUUGGUGUGACCACAGGGAGGAAACGACGUUGCGGCUGGUUGGAUCUUGUCAUAGUCAGAUACGCGCACAUGAUCAAUGGCUUCACAGCCAUCGCUUUGACGAAACUUGACAUUCUUGAUGUUUUGGACGAAAUUAAAGUAGGCAUUGCUUACAAACUUAACGGAAAAAGAAUCCCACAUUUUCCAGCCAACAUGGAUGUUUUGCAUAAUGUGGAGGUUGAGUAUGAGACCUUCCCUGGGUGGAAGACAGACACCUCUGCAGCCCGUAAAUGGGGUGACCUCCCAGUUAAAGCGCAAAACUAUAUCCGCUUCAUUGAGAACCACAUUGGCGUUCCCAUCAAGUGGGUCGGUGUUGGAAAGUCCAGGGAGUGCAUGAUCCAGAUGUUUUAGAGUGGAAACUCCUGCUCUUCAAUGACAGUUCUGCAGACCUUGCGGCAGUUUUGAUCUCUAGUGAUCUCAUCAUUAGUUACCAAUAAACAAUACAUAUGUGUAAGAUU